GAAAUUUCUUCACCAGUAUCCUCCCCACCCAUCUUCCUGGGGUAUUUGUACCAAAAGCCAAAUUUGAACAGUCCUGUUCUUCAUGCACCACUACGAAAGAAAGUUGUUGCAAAAUUCAAGGCCUUAAUUCUGUGUAUUCGAGGUAAAGUGUUAAUUUGUAUACAAACCAAUGCUGCAUCCUUUGACGUCAUCAAUGCUAUUUUAUUUCUUUCCAAGAUAUUCUUGGUUGUUUUGUUUUUUGUUGUUUGUGUGGAAAAUGUGCUUUGAAGCAAUUUUUCAGGUCGAUAAAAGCUAACCAGCCAGCCAAUUUCAGCAUAGCAUGGUAAAUUCCAACAUUGCAAAGUUCAUCGUCAUGUGAGCUGAUUCCUCUGUGUUGUAGACUCCGUGAUUCAAAUCAUUUCGAUAACCUUUGGCGUACAAAGACCACUCUGGGUUAGCCAAAAAGAUCUUGCCACUUGCAAUGGUCCAGUAUGUCAUGCUGUCUCGGGACAGGGUCUGUUUUGUGUUUGGCCUGAAUUCUGUAAAGAAUGGAAAGAAGACAGUCUCGGAAGUUCCAUAUUCAAAUUGUUGUGAUGGCUUUGUUGCCCAAAGUGCAAGCGUUAAAGCCUUUCCAGUUUGUAUAGCAAGGGAGGCAGUGCAAUGUGAAGGAAAAAAGAACUGCAGGGAUGCUUGA